ACUGAGGGGACUUCCUACGUUGCGCUCGUUCUUCUAUUUUUUUUUGCUCAUAUUUAUUUAUUUAUUUAUUUAGUAAUCGGAAACUGGUAAAAUGGCGUACCUUGGUGGAUUACAAAGUAGGCCCUGUCCGUAGAAAAUGUGCAUAACUAGAGCGCGUAGACUCAAAUACUGGAAAAAGUUGUGAAAUUACUGUAUGUGUCAGGAUUGUUGAUGCAGGCCCGACUAUUGUAUUGUUCGUGAAGGGACACCGAUCCGUAGGCAGUUACUAACUUAUUUGUAUGAAACGGCGAGGUAUAUACACAACAUUCGUUAGAUUAAAGCACAAAUACUGAUUGUUUAAAACUGACGUUUAGUUGCGCGAGUCUGCGCGUUAACGAGCGGAUAGCUAACGAAGAAGCGGGCUGUCUGUGCUAAAGAUGGCAGCAGUCUGACAACAGCAGCACGCCGGGCUUUCCGCGCUCAGCAGUCCUCACCAGCUGUGUACUCCGCUGGGCAGCGACAUACUACUAGUACUAGCCCAGUUAAACGAAAAAAAAAAAAAAAAAAAAACUGGGUAACGUUUUACCGUCUGCGUGGUGAAAAAAAUUCAAAGCAGAAGCUAAGAAAGUGGAGAAGUGUGCGAGUAGCUGCAGCGGGAACAUGACUUCAGCUUCGACCAAGGUGGGGGAAAUAUUUUCUGCGGCAGGUGCUGCUUUCACCAAGCUGGGUGAGCUCACCAUGCAGCUUCAUCCUGUGGCUGACUCCUGCCCUGCUGGAGCCAAGUGGACAGACACUGAAAUCGAGAUGUUGCGGUCUGCCGUGAGGCGCUUUGGUGACGACCUGAACAGUAUCAGCUCAGUCAUCAAGGAGCGCACUGUUGCUCAGAUCAAGACCACCGUAAAACGGAAGUUGUAUGAGGACAGCCGGGUGCCUCUCUCUUCGGACUCCCCCAAAAAAACCACCAAAAAAACACCGAUUGCUGUGACCUCUGGCCCUGCACCCCAAGUCAUCACAGUUCCCACAUCACAGGUUGUUGUGACAACUGGGAUCCAGAGUCCCUCCUCUGCUCAACCCACCAUUAAGAAACCGAAGACAGCAGAUGUCACCUUGAGUGCCCUGAAUGACUCGGAUGUGAACAGCGAUCUUGUGGAUAUCGAGGGACUUGGAGAAGGCUCCGCUGCCAAGAAACUCAACUUUGAUCAGGAGAGUCUUAAUCUGGACUCCAGUCUCAUCAUGAACUCAAGCGAUCUGCCCCUCCUCUCACGCUGACCUUUGCUAUUUGAUGUGGGUCAGGCACCAAAUAUUUUCAACCUUGUGUAGUAAUCUUUAUGUAUUUUUUUUGUAGUUUAGUAUUCUCAAAAAAAAAAACUGCGUUGUGACGCGGGUAUAAUUCUUUCUCAUUACUGUUAUGUUUUGAAGAAUUUUGUAAAUGCUUUUAUUAAUUGUCACAAGCCCGGUUACUUUGUGUAUAUUUCAUUAUGCAGUUGUAUAUAUCUCAAUUCAUAUAACAUAUAUGGUUUUGAUUAUAUGCGUGUAACUGGGUCCCUACCUUUGAGGUACCAAAAGCAGUCCUCUGCAAGGGGUCAGAACAUUUGUACUACAGAGUUUAUAAUGCAAUGCUUCAGUUUAGGCAUCUGAUUUUAAUGGCUGUUUUUCUUUGAAAGAAAACUGAGAGUUAAGGAUGCAGUGUAUUGUGAUGACUGAGAAUUGGUAUUCAGAUAUUGCUUUACAUUUACCUCCACAUUUUUUUUUUUUUUUUUUUUUUUAAAAAGUAUUGUUACAUUUCAGAACUGUAUUGCCUUGAUAUCUAAUAACCCCUAUCUGUAAUGGUAUAUUUGCUAUUCUGGGCAUAUGUACAACUUAUAUCUUGGAUUCAGUACUUGGGGUGAGGGGGAGGGCUUGUAAUUUUUUUUUUUAAAUAGUGUUAUUGCACCCAAGUAUAAUAUACAAAAUUCUAUAUACUGGUGUUCAUCCUACAUGUUUUGCUACUGAAUACAUUGGUCUUUGUAAGUCAUGAACUGGCACUGCUAAUGUAGUUACUGGUGGUACAGAUGUUUACCCCACUUUCAAUGAUAACAAGCAAUUUUGAAUGAAGAUAUUAUUGGGGAAUAAAACUAAUAAUCUUGAAUAGGUGUCAUCAAGCCUUUAUGAUCUACUCAUUAACAUGAAUUCUAAAAUCUGAUACAGUGGUCCCCCCUUGUCCGCAGUUUCGUUUUCUGUGUUUUCAAUUACCUAGGGUCAACUGCAGUCCAAAAUAUUAAAUGAAAAAUUCCAGAAAUAAGCAAUUCAUAAGUUUUAAAUUGCACGCCGUUCAGAGUAGCGUGAUGAAAUCUCGCACCAUCCCACCUGGGACAUGAAUCGUCCCUUUGUCCAGCAUAUCGACUGUCAUGAUAUCGCAGCGCUUGUGUUCAAGUAACCCCUUAUUUAAAAAAUCAAUACUUAUGAGGACCUGGGUAUUGGCCCUUAGUUUCUUCUUCUGUAUAGGAAAAACUAUAUAUAGGGUUCGGACUAUUAGGCAUCCGCUGGGGGUGUUGGAACAUAUUACUGCGGAUAAGGGAGAACUACUGUAUUACCAAACCCAUUUAGCACAAUUUCGCAAAAUGGAAAAUGAAAGUGAUCCUCAUACAGUUCAAUGUUGAACACAGUGUGUAAUCAUGAGUGUUUUGCUAUAUGUCUUGUCACCGAAAGCUUUUUAACAUUAUAACGAAAUCUUUACUUUGUAGCUUUUGCUUUCCAUAUCUGAAAGGUGCAACAGUUGUGUAAAGUAAUACUGAAAAAGUUCCCAUAGUGUUUAGCUAUAUGAAGAGCUUUUCAUAGUUGAUUGGUUGUGAUUAAGUUUUUUUUUGUUUAGUAUGAUUUUGGUAAUUUUUUCCAAUAAGAAAAACAAACAUUGAGAUUUUCAGUAAUUCUGCACCAAGAUUGCUAUGUUGGUACUACGUUCUCACAGCACAGUUGAGAUGUGUUACCCGAGACUAUAUGCAGAUUAGAUGUGGUCUAACCAUAAAGUCUUUAUUUUGUUUUGUACAACAGUUGUGUAAUUGCCACCUGUAUUUUUAAAGUGAAGCAGUAAUUACGUAGUAAAAAAUAUUCAAUCUA